AUGGAUCUCUUUCUAUUUAUCAUAGCUCUUCUUAUUAACACUACUUAUGCGGUUUUAUAUCGACCCGUCGUAUUGAUGCAUGGUGUUACAUCAACAGCUGCUGAUAUGAAUGAACUUGGUGGUUGGCUUACCGCAUCAUUUCCUGGUAUCUACGUUAUUUCUAUCGAAAUUGGCAAUGGGUAUGAAGAUUCUUUUUUAUUACCAAUGAAUAAACAAGUAGAACUGUUUUGUGCCACUGUACUUGCUGAUGAACAUUUGCAUGAUGGCUUCAACAUGCUUGGCGUUUCACAAGGCAGUUUAAUUGUUCGAGGAGCUGUCGAACGAUGUUCUUUGCCUGUUUACAAUUUGAUUACCCUGGUUGGUGCUCAUCAAGGUGUUUUUGGUGAUCCUCCUCUUAAAUCACUUCCUCCUCAAUUUUGGGAUUUAAUUUCAAAAUAUGCCUAUGAAGAAUCUGUUCAAAAUGUGAUAAGUAUUGCAGGCUUCUGGCGUGAUCCUUUCCAACUAGAAAAAUACAUAAAUCGAUGUCAUUUUCUUCCUGACAUAAACAAUGAACGCGAAGUUCGCAAUGAAACUUAUCGCAAAAAUAUGCUCAAACUGAACGCAUUCGUUAUGACCUAUUCAGACAUCGAUGAAACUAUUACACCACCACAAUCAGGUUGGUUUCUAGGCUAUGCAUCACAUGCAUUACAACCUGAAACAUGGAAUCAGUCACGUCAAUUUACCGAAGAUCUCAUUGGAAUGCAAACAUUAUCUGAGCAAGGCAAAUUACACAUGUUCAUUGGCCACACACGUCAUGCGGACGCUCAGCACGCUCCUGAUAAAGAAUUCUUUUUUCAAAAUAUUUUGCAAUUUUUCAAUAAUACACUAUCGUAA